CUACCGCAAGUUCACUGGACUUCGAGGGAGAAUUGACUGUAACUCAGUGGACAGUAAGGACAGUUUGAUACGAGGACGGACCGAAUGCUUUAUUGAUAAGCCUAUCUUUAAGAGCAAUGCAAAGGCGGUUUUUUGUUGUCUCAUAUGGCUUCAACACCAACAGCCAACUCGACAGGAGGAUUCUUAUCACUGCAAAUGCAACCAGUGGCAAUGUACAGUCAUCCCAAUUGUCCCAGCGAUACAAAAAGAGAGAGAUUGAUGUUAAAUACAGCAUUUCAGUGACAAUCGGAAGUUCACACAGCUACACCAAUUUUACGUUUGGUAAAAAUGAUCUUCAGAAGCCAGUCAAUCAGUCAAUAAAGGUUACAAAUGAGAUCAGAACAUUGAAUUUCUCUGUGGUGAUCCGUGUUCCAGUAAAGCUUGGCAAGAGGGACAUCUGGGUAGACUCUGACUCUUUGCAGAUUCCAGACUGUCAAAAAGACAAGGAUGAAGAGCCAACGGUGACAGAUUUUGUUGCACAAAUACAGGAGAGCAAAUUUGUGAACUGCAGUGUGGCCAAAUGCAGGGUUUUCAGGUGUACUCGCUUCAUGGGGCAAAUGGAGAGUAAAGACUACAUCAUCUCUGCUAACCUCAGCUCAGGAUGGAUUGAGCAGAUUGGACUAAAGUCUGCCAAGUUUCUCCUCAUCAGCACAGCCAUUCUGGAGUAUGAUACAGACCGCUUUAUUUUCUAUUUUGCAGAGAACAAACCCGUCAAGAUUGAAGCAGAAGUAGAAGUCUAUACGGAAGUGGACUUCACCAAAGAAAUCAUUGGAGGAUCUGUGGGAGCAGUGGUGCUGGUGCUGUUACUGACCGCUGGCUUAUACAAGGCUGGAUUUUUCAAGAGUAAAUACCAACAGAUGAUUGCUGAUGAGACUCAAGGGCAGGAAGAGGCUCUCGAUGGUGCUCCAGAAGAACCAGCAGCUUAACAUAAAAUAUAGCCUAACAUAUAAACAAUAUUCAAUAAUAGGACUGUAAUUAAUUCAGAUUUAUUCAAAUGUAUAUUAACUUUUUUAUUAUGUUUACAACAAAACUAACCUAUGUAGCCUAAUAUUCCUUUGCAAAUAAAAUACUUGUGCAGUUAUACAUUUAAAUAACCUAGUAAAACACAUGCUAUGAUUUUAUAUGUCUCAGGGUUUGCAGAUGGAAAUUAGCUCUGAGAGCUAUGGUGCAAAGGAUCUCUUUAAUGUUUUAUGCUCCUGCAAGGUCCUUAUAAACUAACAAACAUAAAUAUUGGGAAAUUAUAUGGUGCAAAAUGCACUAUUGAUUUUAAUUUAAGCUUAAGUGAGCUAUGAAAAAGCUGAAAAUCUAUAUGCAUGUGACUGGAAAUAAAACAUUUGCAAACUAA